UCGACUAGUCCGACGGCCAUAUUGAAUGUCUUCACAAAUCGCCUUACGGUGGAUCUCAAUUGCACGGUUCACACUCAUGUCCGUUCUAACAGGCUUCACGAGAAAAUUGGAGGUGACAAGGGUACAUGAAAUAUAGUCGUUUAGUUUACAGUGUGGAUAACCUGAAAGCCUUGAAUACUCAGGAUUUUGUCGGUAUUUGAAGCCGUAGUCCUUCACCAGAGGAAAUAAUCAGCAGCUGUACAUAAGUGCGUUCAGGCACACUGAACUUCUCGGUCCUGUCUAAGGUCCUGUGGAACAGAGAAGCGAUCCGUACUGUGACAGAGUUGUCUUCUCAGCUGCCAGGUGAAGGGAGGAGAGGAGACAAACAUGCCGAAACCGAUUAAUGUGCGGGUGACCACCAUGGACGCAGAGCUGGAGUUUGCCAUCCAGCCCAACACCACCGGCAAACAGCUCUUUGACCAGGUGGUGAAGACGGUGGGGCUUCGAGAGGUCUGGUUCUUCGGACUGCAGUACGUGGACAGCAAGGGUUACAGCACAUGGCUGAAGCUUAAUAAAAAGGUGACAGCCCAGGACGUAAAGAAGGAGAACCCUCUGCAGUUUAAGUUCCGGGCCAAGUUCUUCCCUGAGGACGUGUCUGAGGAGCUGAUCCAGGAGAUCACACAGAGACUCUUUUUCCUGCAGGUGAAGGAGGCCAUUUUGAACGAUGAAAACUACUGUCCCCCGGAGACUGCCGUGCUGCUGGCAUCCUACUCUGUCCAGGCCAAGUACGCCGACUACAACAAAGACAGCCACAAGCCUGGCUACCUCACCAACGACAGACUGCUGCCACAGAGAGUCCUGGAGCAGCACAAGCUCACAAAGGAGCAGUGGGAGGACAGGAUACAGACCUGGCAUGAGGAGCACAGAGGCAUGCUCAGAGAGGACUCUAUGAUGGAGUACCUGAAGAUAGCUCAAGACCUGGAGAUGUACGGAGUCAACUACUUUGAGAUCAAGAACAAGAAGGGGACAGAGCUGUGGCUGGGAGUGGACGCCCUGGGACUCAACAUCUACGAACACGAAGACAAACUGACACCAAAGAUCGGCUUCCCCUGGAGCGAGAUCCGAAACAUCUCCUUCAACGACAAGAAGUUUGUCAUCAAACCCAUCGACAAGAAAGCUCCAGACUUUGUGUUCUACGCGCCGCGGUUGCGGAUCAACAAGCGUAUCCUGGCUCUGUGUAUGGGGAACCACGAGCUGUACAUGAGGAGGAGGAAGCCUGACACCAUCGAGGUGCAGCAGAUGAAGGCCCAGGCCAGAGAAGAGAAACACCACAAACAGCAGGAGAGAGCCCAGCUGGAGAACGAGAAGAAGAAACGAGAGCAUGCAGAGAAAGAGAAGGAGAGAAUAGAGCGAGAGAAGGACGAGCUGAUGGAGAGACUGAGGCAGAUCGAGGAUCAGACGAUGAGGGCCCAGAAAGAGUUGGAGGAGCAGACACGCCGGGCCCUGGGGCUGGAGCAGGAGCGGAAGAGAGCGAGGGAGGAGGCGGGGAGGCUGGAGAAGGAGAGACAAGCAGCGGAGGAGGCCAAGGCAGAGCUGGCCAGACAGGCCGCAGACCAGAUGAAGAACCAGGAACAACUGGCCGCUGAGCUGGGCGAGUUCACCGCCAAAAUAGCCCUGCUGGAGGAGGCCAAGAGGAAAAAGGAAGAGGAGGCCACUGAAUGGCAGCAGAAGGCCAUCUCAGCCCAGGACGACCUGGAGAAGACCAAGGAGGAGCUGAAGACCGUGAUGACGAUCCCGUUUGCGCCAGCGGGCGGCUCCACGGAGAGCGAGCACGAGGAGCAGGACGAGAACCACGCCGAGGACGCCGCCGAGCUCUCCCUCGAGGGCGUGAGCGCCCUGGACCUGCGCAGCGAGGAGGAGCGCGUCACCGAGGCCCAGAAGAACGAGCGCCUCAAGAAACAGCUGCAGGUGUUGAGCUCAGAGCUGGCUGAAGCCAUAGACGACACCAUGAAGACUCAGAAUGACAUGCUGCACGCGGAGAACGUGAAGGCCGGGAGGGACAAGUACAAGACCCUGCGUCAGAUCCGCCUGGGCAACACCAAGCAGCGCAUCGACGAGUUUGAGUCAAUGUGAUCUGGCCUGGGUUCCCCCAUCCGUCCAUUGGCGACUCGCUUUUCGUCAACAACAGGCGCUGUCCCUCCUACACUUCCCCCUUUUCCCCGUACUGAUACCCGCAAAGGUUUUCGAGGGCACGGCCGCCACCGCCUCAAACUUUGCCAAAGCUCUGCCCGCAUCUCCAUCAGGAAUCGCCCAAUCGGGCGCAAGCAAUGCUUUGCACCGUUCCGAAAGUGCUAUUCUCCUUGUAUUGCAAAGAAUACGUCUGUGCUUGGCUUUCAAAUAUCUAAUGUGGAGACUCAAGAAAAACCUAAAUGGGAAAGAUUGGACUUUUAAGCGAACAUGGCCAUGGGAAGCUUUUUUGUUGUUGUUCUUGCCGGUAAGCUAGUAUGCAAUGCUUUAGUAUUACUGACAGUAUUACUGUCUUCAGUUGGACAUAUUGAUGCUGUCUUAUACGUUCAAAACCUUUUUGCUUUUGGUCUGAUCUAUGGUUCUGACAUGUUUUAUUGAAGACCUGUUUGUUAAGUUCUCUGUUGUCAUUGUAAACUUUGAGGGUAGAUUGGUCCGAGGCUGGAAAAGAGACUUGUGUUCGUUAGGGGAUCGAUCCAUUCAGUUAUCACCGGGGGGGGUUGACAAUUUCAAAACAUUUAAUUGUUAAAACAUUUUUUUCCCUAUGGGUGACAGGGUUGACGUGUUAUGCUCGACCCACUCAGUCUUCCACCACAAAAUGGCCAAAAAGAGUAGAACCAGCUCAUCUGCUUUUACACUGAUUUGACUUAAUGUUCAAUGUUUCUUUUGGAGAAAAAUAUAUGUAAAAAGGAAUAUUUUCACCAUAUUAAAACGAGAGCUCAGUUCACGUAACAGGGUUGACCUUAAAGGUUUUUGUAACCUUCAAAUGAAUCAUUAAUUGCAUGAAUUAAGUCUUCAGAAAUGACUGUCAAAGCAACAAAAUAACUAUUGCUUAACAAUGAGUGUGAAAACCUGGAGAAAUGUUGGGGUUAAAUGGGUUAAAACCUUCCUGGAAGUCGGAGGCUGCACGGAGGUGAAUGCUGAAUUUUGGCACUUUAGUAAGUCUUUAUUCAUAUUUAAAAAGAAUUGGAUUUAUUGAAUUUACCAUGUGGUCUAUAUUAAAGGGCACAUUGAAAAGAACAGGCUUUUAAAAUUCUAUAUUGGUACACCAUUUCUACUUUUUGUGGAACGGCCCUACUAUCUAGACUCUGAGCAUCAGUGCAAAGCCACUAAACCAGUCUUGAGGAGAGUUGUGAGUCUGGAUGGAUAAAUGACUAAUCUCCAAUGGGAAGCCAAUGAUUUCACGUGAUAAGGUUGUAGGAUAUAAUGAGAUUUGAUUUGGUGCUCAAGGAUACAUAAUGUUGUAGUAAAACAUUUGGUCGGAGAUAAGCUGAUAGUGUGAUGAAGAUAAGCUAAUUGGUUAGGUGUGUGUGUGUGUGUGUGUACGUGUGCGAGAGACAGGUAGGAAGAUAGAGUGAAAGCUGUUAGUUUAGCUCCUGUGAGCUGACUCCGAGUGUUUCAUGUCCAGUCACCAUAGAUGGUUUUCUCUGCCUACCAGCUCACAAAGGCCUGGGAAAGACAGACAGACAUGCUUAAGUGCUGUGCAAGUAUGUCUGUCUGCAUAGAAGUGACUUUUGAAGAGGUAUACCAUGGUCUUUCUGGCUGGAGAGCACAUGAAAACAUCAGUCCUCGUUGGAGAACAGAUCUCUACCUCAAUACUGUAACCAUGGUGACUGACCAAUCAAACACUAGGUCUCAAUCCCCUCCCACAGAUUUAGUUUUGACUGUGGCUUGACUAGUUCAGACUAGGAGGCAAUGUUGCUUUAUUGGUUAACAUUUAAACCGAAAUGAGAAUGUUAUUUUUAUGCCAGAUGUACUUUCAAGCGAUGACACAUUGACGUGUCUCUAGUGGAGACAAUUUAUUAAAAAAAAACAAAUCUGUAUUAAGUUUGGAGCUAGUUUUCUACGGUGGCCUCUUUUUAGAUAUAUUUACCUUAUGUUAAAGUUUAUCUGAACUGUAACUACACCUGAAUUAUCCAGAAGAUCAAAGGUCACGCACUCCAACACGGCUGGGAGUCUGUAUUCUCUGUAGUGGACUGUUCUGGUUUUGCCUUGACGUUAAUACUGUGCAGUAGUGAGGUUGAGGACUUCAGAGUGACCCAGGCUGUGUAGACAUGGUGUCUGUGUCCUGUGGUAGUGGAGCUGGUUUGGACUGGGUACCUGAUCUCUCUGCCGACAGCCAACUGGGGCCAGAAUAGGACCGUCAUGUUUUUCCUCUGCUGUUGGACGGAUCUGCUCACCAUCCUCUCUCUGUCACAGCUCUCAGCAGGAUGGAUGGAAACCCAAUGGCAGAGUGCCACCAUUUUAGGACUGUGAAGAGAGACGGGUGCAGAUGUCAGAGGUGAAUGUCCCCCCCCCUAUCUAUUCGCUCUCAUUCUAGAGGGACCCAGCCUCUUGGACAACCCCCCCCCCACCUCAAUCUUAGAAUUGUGCAGAUUUAAAUGUCGUUAUGUUCAGUGGGAAUAGAGAACAGGCCAACUUUUUUUUUUUUUGAGCUUGAUCUUUUCUCACCCAACCUUUACUCGCUCCGACUCAAAUUAACUCCAGCUUUGUGGACAAAUGUUACUUCUGCGUUUUGAAUUAACCUGUUUUUUGUUUGUUUUUUGCAAUCGGAUGAAAUGUAUUAUUUGUUAUGCUACACUAGACAGCUGGUUUAAGUUGAGAUCUUAAAGCCAGAGUUUUAAUAAAAUAAAGCACGUGUUUGGAACCCGGAGGACAAUGAAGGGGCUUGACCCAAACCUGCCUUUUUAGUUAACCCAGCGAGUGUCCAAAUAUAGGGUUGUAUUUGCCAUAGCAGGUGAAAAAACUGUGCUUCCAACUUAUUUUUGUAAUAUGUUCCAAGAUCUAACUAACUACCAGCAUGCAUCAGUAGGUCACUGGAGGUGAAAAUAACUUUGAGUUGGGCUUUUCCCAUUGGCUGAGCCUGUUAGCCCUCUUGUGUUGCCUCCAAUGAGAGCCGUGUCAGUGAUGCCUCUGUUGGAACCAGCUGUCAUGUUCGCGGUUCAGUUUUUCCUUAUGUUCAUACUAGUGUUUCUGUAAGACAAAGAAUGCACGGAUGGAGCUCAGUCCAUUGGUUUCACAAUAAAAGUUUAAAAUGAA